AUGUGGUUCCCCCACAUCUCUCUCUUUGGGCUCGCUGCCCAAAUACCAUUUCAAUCUUCCAACCCACCUUUGGAAUCAGCGAGGACUAUGAGCACUAUCAAAGAGUUCAAGUUGAGGACCGGGGAUGACGUCUUCACUCCGAAGGACCUGGUUGAACUGGCCCGUCCAGGCGCAGGUGUAGCGAAUCUCGCGGGCGAUUUGGCUCUCAUCCCAGUCUCCAAAUACUCCUUCGAUACCAAAAAGAACUCCAAGUCGAUCUUCAUUGCCCCCCUUGAAUCCACGGUCUCACCAAUCGAAAUCCCACUCAUCAAGAGCGGGGAGGCCUUCUGGCUCUCACCCUACAUCGUCGGACAUGUCACUCCCGAUGAUGGCGAAAAGACUUCCUCCCUAUAUGCCAUAAACGUCAGGUUCACCCCGGAAGGCGCCGUGCAGAGUCUGAUUCAGGAGGAUCCUGUCCUUGUUGGCACCUUCCCCACGUCCACAGCUUCGAACUUCCGCUACCAGCAACAGACGGGUGUCCUGGUUUUCUCGGACAAUGUACACGAGGAUGGGAAUUUAACUGCCGUUCGUGAAAAUGAUGAGGCGUGGUCGAACAGAGGCAACACAGCUCUCGUAUAUGAUGAGACAUAUGAGAGGCACUGGGAUACCUGGGCUGGUCCGAAGAAGUCGUCUCUGUUCACUGUCAAAGUCUUCCAGGACCCUGGCAGGAGCUGGCAUUUCGAGAACAAGUUUUAUAAUGUGCUACAUGGAACGGGUCACCAUGCUCCUGUCGAGCCUUUCGGUGGAACGGACGACUUCGAUAUCUCUCGCGACCACAUCAUAUACACUACGAAGGACCCUAAGCUUCCAGAGGCAUGGCACACCAAACAAAACGUGUACAUUGUGGAUUUCUUGGGAAAUGAGAAGCCACGCGAGUUGACAUCCGGGAAGCAGGGAGCUGUCCACAGCCCGGUGUUCAAUCAUAAGGGUGACAAGGCAGCUUGGCUCGAGUUGGACGAGGACGGUUACGAAUCAGACCGUGCUAAAAUUGUCAUUUAUGAUUUGGUGAAGGAUGUUCGAUUCACGAUCACACAGUCUUGGGAUCGUUCCCCCGACUCAAUAGCCUUCUCUACUGAGGCGGAAGCAGACUUUAUCUACCUCACCGCAGGGGACCAUGCUCGCAACAAAGUCUACGUUCUCCCUAUACCGCCCACACCCUCGUUCCAUACUACGGAUCCCGACCUUCUACCAUUCUACAAGACACCUGUAGAACUCACCCACGAUAGUGCCGCUACAGGUCUUCAGACCCUUCCUUAUGGCCGCUUGAUUUUCAGCCGUUCAUCUGUCACUGGGCCGAACGAUGUCUUCAUUCUUCGUGACCUCAGGAACCUGGAAGCUGAGCUGACGAAGCGCAAAUACAGUGUCGACGUCGAUGCGCCUCUAGAGUGGAAGGGCGAACCUGUACAGGUGACACACUUCACAGACGAUGCGCUGAAAGGCAAAGAGUUGCGUAAGGGCGAGUCCUUCUAUUUCGACGGCGCGGAAGGGAAAAAGGUUCAGGGAUGGGUUUAUAAGCCGAAAGGGUUCAAGGAAGGCGAGGAGAAGAAGUGGCCCGUUCUAUUGCUCAUUCAUGGAGGCCCCCAGGGUGUGUGGGAUGACCGUUGGUCGACACGGUGGAACCCCAACAUCUUCGCGCAGCAGGGUUACUUCACAGUCGCGAUCAAUCCUACUGGAUCCACAACUUUCGGACAAGCCUUCACCGACGCGAUUGCCGGAGAUUGGGGAGGCAAACCCUUUGUUGAUCUCCAGCAAGGAUUCAAGUAUGUUUUGCAGCAAUACCCUGAGAUUGACCCCGAUCGUGCCGCCGCUGCUGGGGCGAGCUGGGGAGGAUACGCGAUCAACUGGAUUCAAGGCCAUCCUGAAUUUGGCUUCAAUUUCAAGGCCUUGGUUUGUCAUGAUGGCGUAUUCGAUGCGACGUACAAUGGCUACUCCACGGACGAGCUCUUCUUUUUCAAUCAUGAGUGGGGAGGACGCCCCUGGGAUGACAACGCGAAGAAGGUUCUGGACAAGUUCAACCCGACGAAUUUUGUGCACAAAUGGUCUACGCCCCAGCUCGUGAUCCACGGAAGCAAAGACUAUCGCUUGCCAGAAACGGAUGGGAUCGGGGCUUUCCAUGCGCUACGACAGCGCGGCGUGCCUAGCCGUUUGGUGAUUUUCCCUGACGAAAACCACUGGGUGCUCAACCACGGAAAUAGCCUCAAGUGGCAUUACGAAGUGCUCAGGUGGUUGGAUUUAUAUACCGGAAAGCACGAAGAUGAUGAGCAGGUUGAAGUUCAGAAGUUACCGAACUAAUCAUUGAUGUGGGAAGAUGUCUAAUCUGAAUAAUCAAGCUUUGUAGUGUUUGCCAUUUUGUUGAAAAACAGGUAUCGAUAUUACGCGU